UCACUCUCCUGCCCAGUAGGUGGCGGCAAUGCAUCUGCAUAUGCUGCUUACCAACCGUAAAAAAGAUAGAAGAAAAAUAAGGAGUUUUAUUUCUUUCCUCCUAGUGUGUUAUCCGGAGUAAAACGCCGAAAACAGCUGAAAUUUAGGUUCAUAUUAUACGCAUUGCAAAUCGACAAAACUGGCCCCUCCGCUGCCUGUCACCAUGCCCGCCCUGCUGGAGAGACCCAAGCUGUCCAACGCGAUGGCCAGAGCCCUCCAUAAGCAUAUAAUGAGGGAGAGGGAGCGCAAGAGACAAGAGGAAGAGGAGGUGGACAAAAUGAUGGAGCAGAAGCUGAAAGAAGAGGAGGAGAGGAAGAGGACAAAAGAAAUCGAGGAGAGGAUGUCCUUGGAGGAAACCAAAGAACAGGUCAUGAAGAUGGAGGAGAAACUUCAGGGACUCCAAGAAGAGAAACAUCAGCUUUUUCUACAGCUUAAGAAAGUUCUGCACGAGGAGGAGAAGAGACGCAGGAAGGAGCAGAGCGAUAUCACAACCUUGACAUCAGCCAGCUACCAGCCCAGUCUGUCCAUGCACUCAGGACAGCACCUCCUCAGCAUCCCAGGAAGUCCAGUGAGUCACAGUCGACCCGGCGCCCUGCUGGGAGAGCGGAGCAAGCAGCUGUUCCCAACCUCCGUCAUCCCAACCCGUCAUUAUCAGACGCCCGGUUUCAGCUCCAGCUCAGCAGAACACGGCCAGUUCAGCGGCAGCCAGGGGGUCCACGAGCCCUACGGCGUGGCCGCAUCCCAGCACCCCUCCACCUACGCCCCCGGACCCUCUGUGCCCGUUAGCUUCGCCAGCAGUUCUCAGAUCAGAGGAGCGUCUGCUUUCCAAGCCAUGCAGUACCUCCCUCACCAGCAGACAGGCUAUCCUGUUCACAGCCACUUCACCUCCCAGCCUGGAUUCAUCUCUGGAGCUUCGAUACCCCUGCAGAAGCAGCUGGAACAUGCCAACCAGCAGUCAGGCUUUACAGAUGCAGGAGCUUUGAGGCCCAUGCAUCCCUCUGCCAUGCAUCCUUCUGCUUCAGGUCUGCUGCCCACACCCAUGGUCCAAAUCCCCACAGCCAAGACUCCGUUUCAGAGCUCCCCACAGGGAGCCCCCCGUCACAGCUUCCUCGCCCACAGCCAGAGUGGGCAGAGGUUCUACCACCACAGCAAGUAAAACACGGCCACCUUCAUCUUUCUUCUUUUACUGCAGCUUCACCACUCUGAGGAGGAACCCAUGGCGGAUCACUCUGGAUUUAAAAUAGAAACAUAGAUUGAUUUGUGCCAUAAUGACUAUAAUUUUCACAAUGUAAUUAUUUUGACUUUUAAUAAGAUAACAAGAAAAGCUAGGUUUCACAUGUUUCCGUUGUUUUUCCUUUCUUUCAUUUAUCCUUUAAUGAGUGACAUUUGUAGAUAUUCAUUAAAGGUUCUGCUGCUGAGAGCCUUGUGGCCAGCAGGGGGCGCACAAGAGAAUUCGAUUCAAACCUAAACAUUUUGUUAGAACUUAAUGUUUAAGUCCACAAAGGAUGGGCAUACUUUUAAAUGUACUCUAUUAAAUGCCAAAUUGCCGAUUUGAACAACUUUAUAUGUUGAACCUCCAACCUUGUGGAAUGUUUAAAUUUUUCCAACUUAAAAUUUGAUAAUUUCAUACAGAAACCACCAUAAAACGGCAACAAAAAGACAAGGAAUUUGUGAAUUAGUUCUGAUGAAACUGGAAGUUUAAAGGUGAAAUUCUGCUAAAAGGUUAUAAGAAAUGAAUAUUACCUGCAACAUACAAUUCUUAUGACAUCUGUAGUUAUCAAUCUUUUGUGUAAAUCCAGGUUAUUUGGACUCAGGUGCUAAAACUAACGGCUAGACAGACUAAGACCAGCUUUGACUUUUACUGCCUUCAACAUCUUCAAUCUGAAAAACGUCAGAGGACUAUGUGAAGAGUUGUCUGUUAAACUUUUAGUCAUUGUCAAUUUUGGAUAGAAUUAUUACAAAAAAGUAAAUAUAAGUACAUCAGAACUGAAGGUGGGAGGCGGUGCGCCACCGACCAUCUUCCUGUGUGAAACACAAACCACGAAAAGCAUUUUCAAUCAGAGUAAAUAUUAUGAAGGAAGCGAAAAAAUCCCAAUAUAAUGUUUAAGUGGGCAUGUUGCAGAUGUUUUGUUUUUUUUAACUCAUUUAUAUAAGUUACUCCAACCAGUAAUGUUUCAGGAAGAUCAUUGGUGGUGCUCCGCCUCCCACCUGCAUUUCUAUGUGAAAUGAGCAGAACCUCGUUUCACAGUAAAUCCUCAGUUAUUCUCUUAGAAGUGGUUUUGCUUUUUCCAGCUGUGAAACGAACCUCCAGAUGUGGCUCAGUUGAAAGGAAGCUUAUUUUGAAACUGCUCUGAAACCAUUUCAUGGUCUUAAACGUGUAUCAAACUGUUAUUUUCUAUUACGCCGACCUGUUUUCUUGACUCACAUGUGGAUAGAUUCACUCUGGUGAUCCCCACUCGGGCUCGUAAACUUUGUGUUCGUACUUUGGAGCGUCGCUGUUUGUUUUGUCAUCCUCUGCAGCAUUAACUGGCUUAAAGCAUUCAUUUAAAACUUGCUAAAUAAACAAUAAGUCACACCCA